AUGGAUGCAACAUCGAGGAUGGAGCAGCCUGAUGUCUUUGUAAGCAAACUCUACCACCUGCUGCAGGGGAACGCUUACUCGAACAUAAUACAAUGGUCGACUGAUGGCAGCAAGCUCGUCAUUUGGAAUCCGGACCAGUUCACCAAAGUCAUCCUAGAGCGAUUUUUUGGUAUUCACACCUUUGCAGCAUUCGUUAAGCAAUUGAGCAAAUAUAACUUCCAGAAGGCGGGCCGCCCGGACUGCGUGGAGUUUUCCAACAUUCAUUUUCAAAAAGAUAACAUUAAUAGCCUCUCACUGGUUAAAGCUCAUCAGUCUGCCGCCACUCCCAAUGUCGCCGCCGUCAAUAAUAUGAAUAAGCAGUGUACUUUUCACUGGGACCCUUUCAAAGUGAACUCCAUUCUAAGCAAGGCCAUCGGCAAGCCUUCCUUCGAGAAAUUAGUGAAAAAUGUUGACAGGCUUCAGGGCAAUCUUGAUGAGCUUAAGUCGACAAACGCAGAUAGUCUGCGUAUUAUAAGGGAAAUUAACGCCAGCUUACAGACAAUCUCCUACCACCAGUUUCACGCCUACCAAACCGCUAACUUCCUUCAAGAAAAUUUUGAAGCCAUCAAAAAGGUUGUAUGCCCGGACUCUUGUCUACAACACCAGCAACGCCAACCAAAGCGCCCCAAACGCUACUCGUUGCUGUUACUAAUACCAAACGCAUCCGAAUUGUCAGAAACACCUUUGAUGCGCUUCGCCGGCGUGUUCGAAUUUAUGAACUGCUCUUUGGAUACGGCCACUCAGUGGCACCCGCAGUUGCAUCCCGAGGCAUACGACCUUCUUUUCGUCACCGUGUCGCCCAACAUGCAACAAGAACAUCUCAUCUACUUCAAGAGACUGAGAAACCUACUCCCAAGCUUUCCUGUAAUAGCCAUUAUUAACAGACCCGUCUCCCCUCAAGAUACCAGCAUUGCUCCCUCCAACUACUCUCGCUAUUAUUUCCACCAUUUUUUGCAGUUGGGGUUCAGUGACAUCCUAGUUAGCCCCUUCACCCCAACACAACUUAUAACGCUCCUUUCCAAACAUCUUCGAACGUGA